AUGAGUUUAUUCAUUUACGAUAUUGAUUGUACAAGAACCUUUUCAAGACGCUCAGAAUUUCCUACCACCAAUACUAGUAGUAUUCCAAGACCAAAUCAACGAUUCAAUCACACCAACAUCACUAAUCCUAAUCAUUCUAACGCUAGUACAACAAUUGACAAUGAUGUUGCCAGAUCUUCAGUAAUUGCUACCAAAACUACCAUUGAUACCGCUAAUACUAAAACAAAUAAUAACAUUAUGACUGCUAAUAGUUCUUCUUUUGCUGAACCACCAUCAAAACGGGCAAAUUUUAAUAAUAAUAAAGAAAAGGCAGUUAUUACCACCAUCCCAAACAAGAAUCACAAGCUCAAAAAUAUUGAUGAUCUUAGAAGUAACAAUGAGGAAGAGUUUUUAGCAGUUACACAUGAAUUGGAAAUCAAUAAUAAUAAAUUGGUUGAAUUACAAAGAAUUCAUAAAAGUCAAGAAGAAGAGGCUAGAAAAUUAAAACGACGGAAGGAGACAUUAGAUAAUGAAUUAAAUGUAGUCAGGAUGGUGGCAAAAGCAAUAAAUAUGGAUAAACAAGAAGUUCAGUUGGAAAUGAGUCAGUUGAAAGAAAGAUUAUCGAUAGCGAAUAAAACUUUUGAAGAUCAGGAUAAAAUAGUUGAUGAACUGAAGGAAAAAUUAGAGAACAGCAAAACGACAUGUGAAGAAAUGGAAAAAUCAACAAAACGAUAUGUGAAGAAAUGGAAAAAUCAAUAA